GUUUGUGCGGCACCAUCGGUUGCGAAAAUUGUCCUCACCGGAAAAUUCGCGCGGAAAACCAGUCGAUGCCCUUCUAGCGCUCUCGGGAUAAUCGCGCGAAGUACAUUCUUCAGUCGCAUUGUGAAGGCCAUGCGGGAUAAAAUGAACGCGCUGUCUGGAUUUAUGUGAGAUUGCUUUUUCCCGAAAGUGUGCGGCCACUGCGGUGGUGUCGGCGGGAAGAGAAGAAUUUUCCCAUCCCUUCAUCCUGACACAAUGCCGGUCGUUAUGGGUAAAAGAUUGGCCAACUGAACCAACACGGAAAGAACUGUCGACUCAGUCGGUGCUGCCGAGUGACGACGAGUUUGCCCCAGUGAAGUAAAUCGUCCUUCUGACAUGGUUUCGGUUGCGGAAGAACAGAAAAACUGGAAGAUGGGAAAUGUAGGAUUAUUAACGUCAGUUAUUCAAAGGCGCCUACAUAGUAGUUUAUAAUCUCGCGGCAAGUACUUCUCCCGUACUUAAUCGAUUGGAUUUGUAUUCGGAUAUUGCCUGUCGGUGGGAUUUAAAUUGGCUAAACCUGGAUGGAAGAAGAAACCAAACAUGCUCAGCACAAUGAAAGCAGCUCUCGAAACAAGUUGUUGACAGCUGGAUGUGAUAAUGAUGUUUAAUUAUUCAUGUCGUCUGAUGCCGCCCAAUCGGCAAAGUGUGUCUCGCUGGUGAUCGAUUAAAGAUUCAUUAAAUCAACAUCGGUGGUGAGUGAAAGUGUUAGUUCUAGAUGCAAACGGGAGUACACUCGAUAACGGAAGUCCAACGACACACUGAUGCGAAUGCAAUGGCGGUUGAAUGUGCGGUGAAUAUUGAGUAGAAUGCUACAUUCAAGCCUUUUGUGUACAUUUAGUACAUUGUGGUGACGGUAUAAAAUUGUCGAUUGGUGAAUUCCACAAUCUCGUACUUACCAGAGAUCGAGGUAGGAGGAUAAGUGCAAAUCAUCGCAUUUAGUGAACAUGUGACACGAUGGAACCUACAAAUAUACGGAUUAAAAACUGGAUAAUCAAUUCAAAUUACUCAAUCAGUGAAUGUUUUAAAUCGAAGAGGAAAUAGUUCCGGUACUUUUAUUUAUCUGUAAAUUUUUAAAAGGACAACGAAGGCACUUUCUCCACUCCACUACGAAAAGGAAACCACAGGUUGGUAAAGCACAGCAGCAGUACCGGGAAGAAAGGAAAACGACGAAUUUCAAUUAAAUAGCAUCAAACGUCCAACGGAUACAACAAUCGAACCAGAGGAACAAAAAAAUGCAGCAUCCGUUUCCAUCAGUCGAACAGUGCAAAACCAAUUAGACAGAGUGAAAAAUGCAGAGCGCAAUCAUCAGCGGUCUGUUUUUGCUGGCGAAUCUUCAUUUCAAUCAUCAUAAAGCGAACGGCAUCGUCAGCACCGGUGGCGACGGUAAUUCCGGCCCGGGGCAGCAACACACCGUCAUCAAAAAGUUCUCCCCACAUCCAUAUUUUGACUUCGACGUGCCCCGAAAUAUCACCACCCGCGUGGGUCAGACAGCGUUCAUAAAUUGCCGUGUCGAACAGAUUGGAGAUAAAUGGGUUUCCUGGAUAAGAAAACGAGAUCUUCACAUCCUGUCAGCGGGAAUGGUUGUUUACACCUCCGAUGAGCGAUUCCAGGUAACGCGUUCCGAAAAAUCGGAUGUUUGGACAAUGCAAAUCAAGUUUGCCCAGCAGCGGGACUCGGGUGCCUACGAGUGCCAAGUCAAUACAGUGCCUAAAAUGUCGAUGACAUUCCAGUUAAAUGUAGUUGAAGCGAAAGCCCUCAUCCUCGGACCAACCGACAUAUACGUGAAAAUAGGAAGUGCAGUGACGCUGACCUGCAUCAUCACCCAGGGACCGCACGAUCUGGGUACAAUCUACUGGUACCGAGGGACGAGCACCAUCAAACCAACGGAAACCCAUCCCAACGAGACGUCAAUAGCAUAUCCUCCACGAAUCUCCGUAGAUCUCAAGUGGACCGAAGCUUUAACAUCUAGACUGAAAAUUCUCGACGCCAAACUUUCGGAUUCGGGCAACUACACUUGCCUGCCCACAUCGGCGGAAGCCAGCAGUGUCAUGGUGCACGUCCUGAACGAGGAAAAUCCGGCAGCGAUGCAACGUGGUGGCAGCAUAACCAGACACUGUGCCACAAUCUGUCAGCUUCAGCUACUGGUACUUCUAGUGUUUCUAUUUCCGCGGUACCAUCAUUCAAACUGGUCACCGCACUCGUAGCACUAGCUGUAAAUCCCUUCAGGCCGUUUGCUCUACCAGUGAGGAGUGGCACUUCGGUUCUGGCCUAGUGGAAAAAUGGCUGUCCCCUUCAAAAUGCGUGCAAAUUAUUGAUGGUUGUUGUUUUUCGGUAGAACCAGGACUAAGCUGCAGCAUCGUGUACAUAGCGAAUGAUGGAGUGAGUGAGAUAGUUUUGGCGUGUAGACAAAAAAAAAGAAAUCGAUUUCCGGAUGUCCAGUUCCAACAGGAUGCAGGGCUAUUGAUAGAAAAAAGACAAUUUUCCCGCAGAGUCCGAUGAAAUGAGAACAGUCACAUCAAUAGAAAAAUAGUCAAGUAGUCUUAAAUUCUCGUAGAUGAGUUCGACUCAGUAAAAACGAACACACUGUAAAUACAUAGCAAUUGAAUUGGAUGGAUCAGAAACAAAAAUAAAAAACAAACAAUGUUUUGUUUUAUUACAUACAUAAAACUACAAGAUGGACCUGUUUAUUUUACCGUCAUGACCAAGAUGUUUAUCGUUGUGAAUAUGUUGAAAUAAAGAUGAAAUGAUUGAGUUGAAAUACAA